GUUCUCUCUGCGGAACGUAUGUUUCUCGUACAAGUCUUAGUUGCUGGAUCCGUCGAAUCUGAAGGCAUUUAUGAUGCAGUGCAGGGCAUCUUGUGCGUGUUUUUUGAAACAAGAGGUCUCUUAGUCGAGUUAUUCUCAUUAAUCAUUUUUGUCGGCUCGUGCUUGGGAGAGCGUGAACCAAGAUCUAUUUCAUUAUUUGUGGGAUUCCGUGCGAAGGAUUUUGGAUUUUCAGAUUUGACAAACAUCGGAUCAAACGUCAUUGACAGUUGCCUCAACUGUUAUUCCGGGGUGUUCGAAGCCAUGGAUACUGCCGGCAGUCGUCCAAAAGAUGAUGUCUCCUUACCUAAAGCUACCAUGACUAAAAUCAUCAAAGAGAUGCUGCCCCCAGAUGUCCGGGUUGCCAAAGAUGCACAAGAUUUGCUAGUGGAAUGUUGUGUUGAGUUCAUCAACUUGAUCUCGUCUGAAUCAAAUGAGAUCUGCAGCAAGGAUGAGAAGCGUACGAUAGCUCCAGAGCAUGUUCUGCGAGCCCUUGAGAUCCUGGGUUUCGGAGAGUACAUAGGGGAAGUACAAGCCGCUUACGAGCAACACAAGAAUGAGUCUCUGGAAUCCCCUAAGGUAGGAGGAAGAUGGGCAAAGGAAGGAGGAGGAGGGGGCAUGACUGAAGAAGAGGCUAUAGCUGCUCAGCAGAGAAUGUUUGCAGAAGCUCGUGCGCGCAUGAACAGUGGUGGAGCAGCUGCGCCUGCUGCACAAGCCAAUGACUCCGACUAGGACUCUUUAUUUGAACAACACUAUCUUUGUACAAAGAGAUUCUCUUCUUUAUACCCUUGUUUGGAGUUGGUGAGCUCGAUGUUUUGUGAGCGAUGUCCAAUUCUCAAACUGUAAAGACAAGAAGCAUGUAUAAUUUCAUUUCCGACUGCAGAAUUGUAUUUUGCCUCAUUUCCCAGCCUCA